CCUCAGUUUUUUUUAGUGUCAUGGCGAGAUGUUUUGAAUUGAGUUAUGUAUGAAAAUGAUGUAGAAAAAUGCCGAAAGUAAAAAAACGGCAGCGUUUAACGUUCAAAGAACAAUACGAGCUCGCAGAUAAAGUGAAAUCAGGUGCCUCAAAACUGUCUAUUCUACAGAAAUAUGGAAUUUGCGAGGCUACAUACAAGAGAGUGUUGGCUCGCGAAUCUGAUUUGAGGAAUAAAGUUAAUAGUUAUGAAUAUGCGAAGAAGAAAUCGUCAAAAACGAGUCCUAAUAUGGGUUUGGAUGCUGCUGUGCUUGAAUGGUUCAAACAAGUUAGGGACAGAGGUGAUCCAAUAUCCGGUGCGAUCAUUAAAGAGAAAGCUCUCAUUCUGAACGAGAAACUGAACGGUCCUAACACGUUUAAAGCAAGCAAUGGUUGGCUCAGAAAAUUCAAAAUACGGUACGGUAUUAGAUUCAAAGAAGAGAAACUGACAAGCGAUUCUUCAGGCGUUGAGGAAUUUUCGUCAGUUUUGAAAGCAAAAAUUGAAUCCGAAAAUUUAAAGUUAGACAACAUUUACAAUGCCGACGAGUCAGGGAUUUUAUGGCGAAUAUUGAUGGCGUGCACUCUUGCUUCAAAUUCAGAAGAAGAAGAAGAAGAAAAAGAAUCUUCUGAGAAAAAAGGAAGCAAAGAUCGUGUCACAGCUUUAUUCUGUGCCAAUGCCUCUGGAAAUCAUCGAAUUCCACUUUUGUUAAUUGGAAAAUCGGAAAUUCCAACAUGUCUCAUAAAUCAUGUACCGGAAAAUUUAAAAGAUCAACGCUUAAAAAAGUUGGAAAUUCUCGGGGUCAUCUACACACAUCAGGACAGUGCAUGGAUGGACAAAUCAAUAUUCUUGCUAUGGUACAAGGAUGUGUUUAUUCCGCGAGUUUUAGGACGCCAAAGAAAGGAUGGAAUAACGGGAAAGGUUGUUUUGCUCCUCGAUAAUGCUCCAUGCCACCCGAGUUUGGACGACCUCAACGCGAUAAACGAAAACUUUCAAGUUUUAUAUUUGCCACCGAAUGUCACUGCGUCGAAUCAACCCAUCGCGCAAGGAUUAAUCUCGACGACGAAAAAACUCUACAAAAAAGAAUUAUUGAGACGUUUAUUGAUGAAUGAAAAAUCAGAAGGAGCUUUUGAGUUUUUAAAAGAAUUAGACCUUCCGGAUUGGUUUGGCAUGCUCAGUCUCGCCUGGGACUCGGUGAAAUCAUUUACUGUUCAAAAAGCAUGGAAACCGUUUUUGGGCGACUUACUCUUUCGCCAGUCAUUUGCUCUGCAAGAGUUCAAAAUAAAACAAGAAGAAGAAGAAGAAGAUCCUCUAUCCAUUAAUGAUGCAAUUCUCAGCGAAUCGGAUUCCCCAACUGAUUUGAUUAGUUUAUCUGAUGAAAUUUGCGAUCAAGUUUCUAAAUUGUUGUUAGAACCAGGUUAUUCUCUCGAAAAAUCGAGAGAAUUUCUCCAGAAAUGGUUUGAAAAUAAUGACAAUGAUAAGGAUUGCGGUUGGGAGUCAUCAACAGACAGUGAUAUUGUCAACUUUGUUACAACUCGCAGAUGCGAGCCAGAAAGUUCAACUCUAAUCGAAAGCAGCGAAAGUAUUUUUGAAAAUGCUGACAUUGUUAACUUUGUUACGUGUGGCAGACUCGAACCCGAAAUUGUACCUAAAAUUGAAAGCAUCGAUCCGGAUAUUGUAAACUUUGUUGGAAAUGAUAGACGCGAGCCGGAAAUUGUAAAUAAAAUCGAAAACAGUGAAACUGUGUUUGAAAAUCCUGAACCAAUGGGAAUAACGUCUUCAGAGGGCAAGCCUGAAAUCGUAACUAAAAUAGAAAACAGCAGAACUGUGCUUGAAAAUUCUGAAUCAACGGAAAUAACAUCGUCGGAGGCUUUUGGCUGCCUCAUGAAAUUUAAAAAAUGGGUCAAAUCACGAGCAAAAUGCUUACCGAAACACCUUGAUUGUAUUCAAGAAUUAGAGAACUUGGCACAAUACUAUGUUGAGGCUCAUAUAGGGCUCUCUGAAUAUGACCAUUAAAUUUUUUUAAAAUGCUUUAAACAAUUAUUGCUUAAACAAAUUGACUAAAUAUUAAUUUUGCAAAAUUUGUUUCCCUUGUAUAAUUUCAGGAUCAUUUAGGACUCUUCGAACUUGAUCAUUUAAGUUUUGAAACAAAUUUUUUAAAUAAUGAUUGUUUAAACUAAUUUAAAAUACGUACAAAUUAAUGAUAUUUAUCACGUCGGUCUGUGAUUAAAUAUAAGUUAAAGUGAAGUGUAAAUAAAUAAUAAUUUUUUAUACGAUG